CUCGCGGGACGCAAAUCGCGACGAACGGGUCGCUGAAAUAUACAUUAGGGAUUACCAGAACCGAACGACGUUAACUUGGUGCGUUCCGCAUCUCUCGCCCGUCGUCUGCACGCCCGAAUCAACUCGGUUGUCAUGAUGUUCGCGAACGUUCGUGACGUAAUAUAAUCGAAUUUAGCAGCGUGUUGGUUGAAAUCGCGCUUUAGAAUUUAUUUACCAUUUUGCUCUGUCACUGUGUGCGACCCGACUUGCAACACAAAUCCGAUCCUCCGCACAACGUCCGUUUCUCGUCGAACGAGACCAAAAUGGACAGCAACAAGGACGAGGCCGAGAGAUGCCUGGAACUCGCGGAACGUUACUUGCGCGAGAGAAAGUACGAGGAGGCCGAAAAGUUCGCCCGCAAGGCGCAAAAACUUUAUCCGCUGAAAAAAGUCGAAGACCUGUUGGCAGAAGUGUCGAUACUUUCUAAACAGAAUCAAAAAUCUGAAACUGCUGAGCCUAGUGUUAGAAAGCGGCAAAGUGUGACUAAAGAGACAACACAUUCUCAAAGUAGUUCAGAUUAUACAAAAGAACAGUUGGAACAUGUAAAAAGGAUAAAGAAAUGCAAAGAUUAUUAUGAAAUCUUAGGUGUGAGUAAAGAUGCUACAGAUAGCGACAUUAAAAAAGCGUAUAAAAAAUUAGCGCUACAGUUGCAUCCUGACAAAAAUAAAGCGCCGGGUGCGGCCGAGGCUUUCAAAGCUAUUGGCAACGCAGUUGCAAUUCUGACCGAUGCGGAAAAACGAAAACAAUAUGAUAUGUUUGGUCCUGAGGAAGAACGAAUGCAGAAUGCGCACAAUCGCCAGGGCCACACGCAUUACAAUUACACUCGCGGUUUCGAAGCUGAUAUUACGGCUGAAGAAUUAUUCAACAUGUUCUUCGGCGUUGGUUUUCCACAACAAGAGUUUUACAUGCGUCGCUCAGGCGGAAGAUGGAUGAGGCAACAGGAUGCGCAAUCUCAGCAUGCUCAUUCUCAGCAAGCAAAUGGAUACACCACGUUUCUUCAGAUGUUACCAGUUCUGUUACUAAUAUCGUUAACCAUGAUGAGUAGUUUUUUCAUAUCUGAUCCGGUGUACAGCUUGCAUUCAAAUUCAAAAUAUUCCGUGGCCAGAACAACUCAAGUCUUGAAAAUACCGUACUACGUUAAGGAAAACUUUCAUAGCGAAUAUCAGGGCAGCUUGCGUAGGCUAGAAAUUUCAAUUGAGGAAGAGUAUGUGAAUAGCUUGAAACAAACUUGCGCAAGAGAAAAGAAUUACAGAGACAGCAUGAUGUGGAAAGCACGUAAUUUCGGAGAUCAAGAUUUGUUUUUAAAAGCUAAAAACUUAGAAACUCCCUCAUGUAGGAGACUACAAGAACUGCAAGCCUGAUAGGAAACAAAUACCAAUAAAGGCGGCUAAUGCGAGCGGAAGGACUGUCGGUUCCCAAUGAUGUCAACAAUGAUCUAUCGCUCGCUCAUUGGACAUAGAUAUAUGAAAGGUUUUACGCUGUGGUAGUGUUUUUUCGUCUCUUUUGAUUAUUUAUUCGAUUUUCCUUAAAACAUCUGGACUGUUGUGAUAAUUAAGGAGUUGUUCGCGUUGGGACGUUUAUUCUAUGUAAAUCUUUUUUAUCAGACUCCAAUCACAAUUGUUUAACAUUUGAAAUGUAUAUAAAACUUUAUAUAUACAUACAUCUAUUUAUUACAGCAGGCAACAAUAUUUCAUGUUUCUUGUACACACCCCGCAAAGUGUUGUUCAAGAACGAAGUGAUGAAUUUGCAGUUAGACGGUUGUGUAUAUUUUGUAAAUAAUUAUUCUGAUUGUUUUUGUAAAAAUUAUUCCGGUCUUUUUCUUCAAUGUGAUCAAAUGAUAUUAAAUGUUUUCUCUGACGAAAAUGGAUCGUUUAGAAUACAAAUCGCGACAAAAGAAAAAUCGAUUCGUUAUGUGUAUGUUGAGAGACCGCUUGUAUGUUCAUGACGUGGACCACAUUCGUAUGUUGUCAGUGAGUUUGUCCUCGUACCUCCUGUAAAAACAAAAAAACAAAAAAAAAGAAAGAAAGAAAAAGAAAAAGAUCGAAUUUUUUUAUCACGCCGAUCGAUCGGACUAUUCGGUUUGAUUUUCGUCCCGCCUCGCACUUAGAGCGCGCGCCAAUUUCCUUACUCGCGUAGCUCUAAUCGACGUCUACCUACUCUACCUACCUACUGUGAACGAAAGUAAGAAUCCGCGGUUCUCGUGUACAUACCUCUAUGUCGAGGAACGCUCUCGUGUUAUAUAAAUUAAAUUAGUGUAUACAUACCUAUAAACAUAGCGAUUAUCGUUGUUAUUGUAAUAGCGAGAUUUGCACAUACGUAUUUAUGUUACAUGUUUACAAACGUUUGUUGUUUCUAGUUUAUUGUUUCGAAAAUGUAAUACUUAUAUAUAUAUAUAUAUAUACAUAAAUAUAUAUAUAUAUAUGUGUGUGAUAUCACGUGAGAAAAAUAUACACGUAAUGUAUAUAACAUGUUUGAUUACCUAUUGAUAUUGUACAAAAAUCGCACUUUUCGCAAUUUGUUAAUUUUCACGCAUACGCGCACGCACGCGUACCCGUAUCUGUGUAUGUUAAAUGAAACGUGACCGGUGACAGUUACCUGAAUUGUGAAAUGAGCGAAUUAUCACGCACCAAACACGCAAAUGCGAGCGACAUCGAAUGUUCGUACGUCGCAGCAGCGCGCUUUGAGAUCCUCGGGUUUUUUUUUUUUUUUUUUUUAUCGAUUUCUCAAAACUCAUCUGUCUAGAAUUUUGAAUGACUCGCAACGCGAGCGCCUAUGAUUCACCGUUUCACCUGAAAUUCGUGCAAAAAAAUCUCUUGUUUAUAAUUAUUAAUAAUUUAUUUGUUACUCCUCAGCCUUCGGCCAAGAAGGGAACUUGGUUUACAUUUCUUUACUUUUUACCCUCGGACCGUGUGCGUGCAACUUAACUUUAAAAAAAAAAAAUCUUAAUGAGAUGAUAAAAGGGCAAUUGGAACCAAAUGCA